AUGGCAACAACAAACUCAAAAUCUCAACACAGAAUUCGCCGCAGCAGCAGCCUCGAACUCAUCCACCUCGAUGUCCCCCUCAUCUCCACCCGCCGCCCUUCCAACCAGACCUACAGCAACUGCUCGCCGGAGCUCUGCUCCGUCGACACGAGCCGGAGGGUGCCGUUCUUGUGGGAGAGAGAGGCCGGCGUGCCGAAGGAUGGAAGCGGUCGAAAGAAGGAGGAUUUCUUCUUCUUCCCUCCUAAGCCGCCGCCUGGCCGAAGAGCAAACCCAGUGCCGUAUGUUUAUUACAAUGACACUGAAGAUGAUGGGAAUGAUGGAGAUGUUGAUAGCUGCAGCGAUGGGGACAGUGAGGAAGAGCGCUGGGUUUGUGAUACGGUUGACAAGGUUUCGUUGCCCUGUUCAUCCGCGCUGGAUUGCAGGGAGUUUAGAGGAGUUCACGGGUCACCCAGCUUCAUCAUGAACCGGUUCCUCCCAGCCGCCAACGCCAUCGCCACUCAUUCAACUCCAACAAUCCCAAAACACCCAACCCGCAGAUCGUCUCCUUCCACUCUCUCUCACCGCUUACAGCGCGAGCUCAUCAAAUCACAGCAACAAAAACAAGCCGCCGCCGCCGCCACCGCCGCCACCGCCACGAAAUCAUCAUCUUCAAACGCCAUAACAGCCCAACAAUCCCACCACCCUCAUCUCCCUUCCAAAUCCUGCGGCCUCCACUCCUUCUUCCCAUGGACAUUAAAGCAAACACCUUGCGGGCACAAAAACCCUGUCCUUUGCCAGACUCACAGACCUGCUAAUGAGAUAUCGGGUAAGAGAAACAAGAGAUUCUCUCUUGAUGCGUUGAGGAUGAACGAGAGGGUUGAAGAUAAUUUGAGUAGCAAGGCGUUUAAAUCUCCAGGGUGGGGGUUGCCAUUCCUGGAUACGAGCAGGCUGAGACUGAGAAGAAGGGAUGAUGAGAGGGAGAGAGGAAGAGAGUUUACGGAAGGAAUGAGAGGUGGUGGGAAGCCUUCUUGGAGUCUUCCUAGGCUGCAGAAGCCAUCAGAGCCAUGGCUUUCUCAUGCUUUGAAUCAUUUUAAUGGCAGAUACUGAAAACUGCUUCGAAGAUGAUGGGCUAUAUGUAUGGUUGGUGAAUAUCAUUUCUGAUAUAAAAAUGUGUUGAUUUGAACUCUUUUAAAAACAUUUGUUGUAUGUUGAUGUUUAGAAGGUUGUAUGAAUUGUGAUACAUUUGUUGAA